GUGGUGUUGCAUAUACCAAUCUGGGUAGCACCAAUAACGCGAACAUGACACCGGAGAAGCCAAGUAGAAGUGCCCCCUUGCCCGUUAAUAAUCCACUUAAUAUUGCUAACAACAAGGGACUUUGCAACAACAGUGCUGCUGCGAGGGAUAAAAUAUCGAGAAAUCGGGUGAAACAUGUACCUCUUGCCAGUGGUGGCACUGGUGGUCAUCUACCACCUACCUCCUGGGAGCAACUCAUACUAGAUGAUCAUUUUUUGAUCCGAUUUUUCGUCUAUUUCAAUGUCACUGAGAGACGGAUACUCGCACAAGUUUGCACUCGGUGGCGAGACGUUUUAUAUGCAAGGCCGCGAUUGUGGACCGGUUUAGUACCUGUCGUAAGGUGCAGGGAAGUGAGAGCAAUGCCGUCUUUAUCAAGAACAAAGUUCUAUGGCUCAUUGGUCAGACGUGGUUUUCAUUCUUUGGUUUUACUGGGUGCAGCUGAUGAGGACAUACCGGAAUUAACCCACAGUUUUCCUAUAGCUCAGAGACACGUGCAUUCGUUGUCGCUGCGAUGUUGUUCUGUCACUGAUAGGGGCCUCGAAGCACUUCUAGAUCAUUUACAGGCAUUAUUUGAAUUAGAGCUUGCCGGAUGUAAUGAAAUAACCGAAGCAGGUUUAUGGGCAUGUUUAACACCCCGAAUAGUGUCCCUAUCGCUGUCCGACUGCAUAAACGUAGCUGACGAGGCGGUGGGUGCAGUAGCCCAAUUACUCCCAAGUCUCUACGAAUUCUCUCUUCAAGCCUAUCACGUCACCGAUACAGCACUGGGCUACUUCAGUGCCAAACAGAGCAGUACCCUGAGCAUUCUAAGACUCCAGUCCUGCUGGGAAUUGACUAAUCACGGUGUCGUCAACAUAGUACACUCGCUCCCCAAUUUGACUGUUCUGUCGCUCUCGGGGUGCAGUAAAGUCACCGACGAUGGGGUGGAAUUAAUUGCUGAAAAUUUACCGAGACUUAGAUCACUAGAUCUGAGCUGGUGCUCGAGAAUAACUGACUCUGCGCUGGAAAACAUUGCUUGUGAUCUGAAUCAGUUGGAAGAACUUACUCUUGAUAGGUGUGUCCAUGUGACGGAUAUUGGAGUUGGGUACAUAUCGACCAUGAGUUCCCUCAAUGUAUUGUUUCUGAGGUGGUGCUCGCAAUUAAGGGAUUUUGGACUACAGCAUUUGUGCGGCAUGAGAGCAUUACUCGUUCUGUCAGUUGCGGGCUGUCCAUUACUAACGAGCAGCGGUUUAUCAAGCCUCAUCCAGCUUCGUCAUCUCCAAGAACUCGAAUUGACAAAUUGUCCAGGCACAUCACGUGAACUAUUUGAUUACCUGCGUGAGCAUCUACCACGCUGUUUGAUCAUUGAGUAAUAACAAAUUAUCUUGAUAAAUGCUCAGGAAGAUUAUUCAAUAAAUAGGAGAAAACCAAUUCUAAGCCAAAUGCAUCGUUCGUUCAAGUUUAAGUUAUCGAUAAUAAAUGGAAAUACAUGAGAGAAUGUCAUGAUAACGUCGGGGACAAACACUUGUUACAAAACGGUGAUUCAAUUUUUUAGUAAUUAGGCAAUUUUUAAUACACGCUGUCCCACUUUAUACGAUGAAACUGUUGAAUAUAAUACCAAUCGAGUUGUCUACGUCCAAGUGUUCAUCGUUUGCAUUUAAUGACUAAAGUAUUGCUUUUUUUACUCAGUUUUGUGCAACAAAAGAUUAUUGCUUCAAUAAUAAGGAAUAAAAGGAGAAAAAAUAGGUGAAAUUAGAACUAGAGAGAGAGAGAGAGAGGACAGCAUUGUUAACGCUCCGUAGAGUGCACUCGUUGAUAUUCGCGGAGAACCCUUGGCGUAGAAACUUAACAAAACAUCCCGCAACCUCUCGGCCAUCGUCAAAAUGGGUCGGUUGGCUUUAUAUUUGUGAAUAGUUUUUUCCUCGAAGUUUUCUCCUCACCUAUUAUCAUUACGAAAUUUGGACACAUAGGACUGGAAGUAUUUCGCCAUUAAAUGGAGAGGAAAAUUUUGAUUUUUAUAUUUACGACAUUUUUCCCUAGUCAUUCACAAUAAUUGUACGAAUAAUUAAAUAAAAUUUUUUUGCAUUUCCAUUUAGUGACGAAAUAAAAUGGCAAGCCCUGGUAUAAUCAAGGUAUUGAGGUGAGAUUUUGAACGAUACACAAAGAAUUAUGAUAACAUACACAUUGUGAGACACAAGGCACGCCAGUUAGGACUGUGAUAAAUUUAUAUUGUAUACUUUAAUCUUUCUUUAUUUUUAAUUAUCAUGUAUUUAGUGACUGAACGUUUUGGCGGCUUCAAAUGUCUGCUUUGCUCGUUAAGGAGUUGAGAACACUAUAAAAUAAAUAAUAUUACUAACUAAUGUUUCGAAUCCUAGUCCAGUUCUAGAUGAUGAACUGAAAUUGUGAGAGGUGUGUGUUUGUGCGAGAACAUUCCAGGGUUGUUGAAAUCAUUGAGAGGACAUUUAGUAUUUAAAUAUUUAUGUUGGGUGUCACCUGACAAUACGUAACUUCGAAUUUAGUUCAACACAAUACAUUUUUCCAUUGAAGGGAGAAGGGAUGAUUUUUUUUCUCGAUAAUCAUAAAAUACUUGUCAUGAAAAAAUGUAAUUUUCAUGUUUUAUCGAAUGAAAAUAAUUCCUUCAUUUACUAGGUGUUUAAGUAAGAUUCUGAUAAAUGUAAUUAUUAUUUAUGACCGACUACGCGACUGGGGAGUUUCCAAGAAUGAAAAAUCUCGUUGAUGAUUACUUUAAUUCGAUUAGAAUUCUGAGCAUUCAGAGGAUCUUCUCAAAAUGUGAAAGUUCAAUGGAUAAAUGUUAAAUAACUAUUAUUCGGUAGAAAUACGAAUGUUUUUCUCUUUUGGAUUGUUCUUUAGUACAAAAAACACUUGCCGAUGGACAAUGUGUCACAGAAUUGUGAAAUGCAAGAGAAGUUAAUAAAGAAAUAAAUGAAAUUGACCUUUAGGUGAGAGUUAGUCCAGAAAAUACAAAAUUUUUACAUAAUUGGAUAAUAAGUCAUGAGAAGUAAAAUGAUAUGACUGAUAAAAAUUGUUGCGUACUAUCCUCGUAUGCUCUGUGAGCUAGAGAGAGGGAUUUGUAUAUAUUGUACAAUGUAAUGUAAUAAUGCGACACAUUUAAUCAAAAGACAGAAAUAAAGAUUACCACAUCACAUAUUUAAUAA